AUCCAACCAUGUUGUAUGAUCAAGGACCCAUUGACAAUAUUCCCCGCGAUCUCCAAAUCCACGCCACGUGACCUUGGGCAUUAUGCCUCGGUAGACUCUCCGAACGCUCGUCAGACAAUAUCUCAGUCCUCCGCAGGCGACAGCGACCAGCAGCAUUGACGAUACUCGCAGCAAAGAUGCCCUUUGCACGGAGCUUUCAAGCUCCAUUAUUAAAGCAGAUAUAUCCACAACGGCCGUUGGCAUUAUCACUAAGACCAACAAGACAGCUACUCUCGAAAAGAUGCAAUAGCUCAGCGACACCCCCAAUUGCACCGCCCUCACAAUCGCAAUCGCAAAAAUCUACUCGAUCGCGUCGCCUCCGCAACUUACUCUACAUCGCCAUAUUUGGUGGUCUGGGCCUAUCGCUCGGUAGCGGAAUAGAGAAGCUAAUAGCCUCCCCUCCGGUACCUGAUACGGAAGAAGACAUUACGUGGAGAAAAAGGAUAGAGAGGGAAUAUGAAUUUCUACCGGUCGUGCAGGCAUUAAGAAAUGAUCCGGACCUUGGAGGAGAGUGGACGGCCUAUAGCAAUUUUUCAGAUGAGGAGAAAGAACAUCGGUUGACGUCGGGGUCGUUGAAGGGGAGUAGGGGGUUGGCGUUGCAGAAACUCUUCUACAACGACAAGAAAAAGAGCAUCAUAAACGUCGUCUAUUUCGGCGGUGGUCUAGAAGGCUGGCCCACCGUUGUGCACGGCGGCGCCCUCGCAACUGUUUUAGAUGAGACGUUCGGCCGAGUCGCUGUUCGUAGCUUCCCUGCCAAAACGGGUGUUACGGCCAAUCUCAACAUCAACUACCGUGCUCGAGUUUCCUCGGGAUCUUAUUACACCAUUCAGGCGACGCUAGAUCCGAUAUUGAGCACGGAUCGCAAAGCUCAUAUGACGGCUGAAGUUCGUGAUCAGACAGGAAAGCUCUGUGUUGAGGCUACGGCGCUUUUUGUUGUGCCGAAGAAUAUACCGUUGAGGGCGAUAGGUGAUGGAUUUUGAGUGCGUCAAAUUUUAUGGACUAUGAUAAUAUAUUUUUGUAUAUAUGUGUAAGAAGGGUGACUAUCGUCUAGACUCUGUUGGGUUGUGUACAUAUACAGGAUGAUAGCCGGAUAUAUUUGACAGAAGAUAGAAUAUAUAUUUUCGGUUACUGAUGACAGCUAG